AACAUCAAAACAAAGACGAGUGACGAGUCCACCUGGACUAUCAUACGGCUUCGCUUGCUUUCUUACUCUUUGGAGAGAAGAAAAAGAGAGUAGCUUUGGGCUGAGGAGUAACGGUGAAACCAGUGGCUUAUCAGCAACAAACAAGAAAAAGUUAUCGCCAUUUUUGUUAUUCGUGUGAAUGCUUUGAAAUUCCAGCCGUUGUCCACGAAGAGAGAGAGAGAGGAGAGGUUUCUGUAGUUGCACUUAAGAAUGGAGAAUCAACCCACAUGAAUUGAAGCGAAAAACACCCCCAGAUUCUCUUAGAUUUUCCAUUUUGCCCUUUCAAUUCCCUCUCUUUUCCUUUUCUUUUUCUUCUCUCUCCUGGCAAGUAAAGUCUCUCUUUUGGAAGACGGCCAUGUUUGGAGAGAGAGAUCAUCAUCUCUCCAACGGUGAGGCAGAGAGCUCGCAUAACCAACAAAACCCAGAAGAGAAAAUAGGUUUAUCUCACAAGGGGAUUGAUUUUCUUAAGGAGUCGAAGAUGGGUCUUGACGGGUUUGCCUCAAAGCCUCAAGAGCUUACUCUUAGCUACCUUUGUGAAAAUCCCAAACUGGGUUUUGCUCAAAAGGGCAAAGAAGUGAUUUUAACUGAGAAUUCAAAUCAAGAUGAGAAAUGGGUAGAGAGAGAUUUCAUGAAUUUGAGAGAAACCAAGUGCAAUUCUUCUUCAAAAAGGGAGUUUCACGAAGAAGAAGAUAUUGAGAGGGAGAAUUCCUCCAGAGGAAAGAAACCAAAGCUGGAAAGCACUUUAAACCUUUCUCUAGCUUUGCCUGAUGUGUCUCUCUCUCUCACGGCUUCAAAUGCAUUCCAAAAUGCUGAGCCUGUGAUUAAGCCAAAGCCUAGCAGGAGCAUGCAGUCCUUAGGUGCCGCACCAUCUAACAACACACAGACAACUUGUUCUAAUGAUUUCACUGCUGCUUCACUUUCUUACUCUUAUUCUCACCCAUUUUCACACAAUCCUAGUUGCUCCUUGACCCGUAAUUCAACUGAGAAUUAUGAUUAUUCUGUAGGCAGAGAUGAUCAGAUUUGGUGUGGAGGGGAAGGGACUAAUGGAUCGGUUCAUAGCCGGUUUAGACCUAUUGGAGAUGGGCUUGUUGCUUUGAACAAUAACAAUCACGGCGGCGGUGGUAAUGGAGGAGUUUCCAUAAUUCAGGGUCAUCGUUUAAAAGAUUCGUGUAAUAAUAGUCUCUAUAAAACUACUAGUUCUGACAACCUUCCAUUUUUUCCAUCUGAAUUGCCGGCUAGGCCACGUUUGGAAGCUUAUUCAGGUGAUUCGAGGAGAAGGAAUUCGGAGAAUAUGAGAGGUGGAGACGGUGUAGAUGGAGGAGGGAAGGCAAGAAAGCUCUCUAGACCGGAGAAAAUUCUUCAUGAAACCGUGUCGGAGUCUAUUCCUGUUAUGGCUCAGAUAAUUCAGGAGCUGUCGGAAGAAACAUUAGAAUCUACUAAGGAGUACUUGGAGAAUCUUAUUGCGAUGCCUGAAAAGAAAGAAGAAUUAGCAGGUCUUCAAAAUCGGCUUGAGAGAAGAUCCGACCUUUCUAAUGAGGCUCUCUUGAAGUGUCAAAAGGACCAGUUAGAGAUUCUGGUUGCAGUGAGAAUGGGGCUGGGAAGUUUUAUAUCUGGGAAAGUUAGGCUUCCUGCAAGUGAAUUGGUGGAAAUUUUCUUGUAUAUGAGAUGUAGGAAUAUGAAUUGCAAGAGCAUAUUGCCUGUUGAUGAUUGUGACUGUAAAUUUUGCAGUGCAAGCAAGGGAUUUUGCAGCUCUUGCAUGUGUCCAGUCUGUAUGAAUUUUGACUGCGCUAAUAAUACUUGCAGUUGGGUGGGGUGUGACGUAUGCUCCCAUUGGUGUCAUGCAGCCUGUGGUAUUCAAAGAAAUUUCAUUAGACCAGGUCCUAGCUUGAAGGGGCCAAAGGGAACUACAGAGAUGCAAUUUCACUGCAUUGGGUGUAAUCAUGCUUCAGAAAUGUUUGGCUUUGUCAAGGAUGUGUUUAUGUGCUGUGCAAAGGAUUGGGGUCUAGAGACCCUAAUAAAAGAACUCGACUGUGUUAGGAAGAUUUUCAAGGGAAGUGAUGAUUUUAAAGGCAAGGAGUUGCAUAUUAAGGCUGAGGAGUUGCUCUCCAAGCUGGAGAACAGGAUUCUAUCUCCUUCAGAUGCCUGUAACAUUAUCAUCCAGUUCUUCAACCAUGCAGAUGGUAUUUCUGAUUUUCCUGCAUCUGCUGUAUCUGCAAAAGAAUUGAUGCCAACUGAAGCUAGUCUUAGAAAAGAUGAUGCACCUAUACCACCAUCUACUUCUCUGCCUCCAAAAUAUGCCUUGUACAAUACAAACUCUUCAAGUGGUCGGCGUGUGUCUCUAUCAAACGAUAUCCACCAAAAUGAUCUCAGGGCUGCACUCCUUGGUGACAUAAAAAUGAAUGAUGAGUUCCAGUUUGGUAAUUUAUCCAAGAAAGAUGGUCUUGAAAGCUUAGAAAGCAUUGUACGGAUUAAAGAAGCAGAAGCCAGAAUGUUCCAGAGCAAGGCAGAUGAAGCACGGAGAGAGGCAGAAGGCUACCGGCAGAUGAUUCGAGCAAAGUCUGAGAAGUUGGAAGAAGAGUAUGCAGAGAAGCUCGCCAAACUGUGUUUGCAGGAGACUGAGGAAAGGCGAAGAAAAAAAUUAGAAGAACUGAAGGUUUUAGAAAGUUCACAUUGCGAUUACUACAAUAUGAAGCUAAGAAUGCAAACUGAGAUUGCUGGUUUGCUGGAGAGAAUGGAGACCACAAAGCAGCAAUGGGUGUAAUUUAAGCCUAUUUUUUCCCUUUCCUUUUCUUUUCUUUUGUUUCUGUUGAAAUUAACUUGCAGUUUGUAAUUUGUUUACAUCUUCACCAACCAUUGACUUAAUCUCGUUUCUCCAAAUGCAAAAUUCAAGCUUUUGGAA